GGCAAGCGCCAGUGGAAAUUGGAAAAAAGAAACAAGAUGGCAACUGUUUCAGAGCACGGGCUAAAAAGAGUAGUUUGGCAAAGAAUAAAGGAAACGAUCAUCGAGGAUUGCAAGAAGUCAGAAAUAUGGAAGAUAUUGAUAUUGGACCACUUCACCACCAAGCUUCUGUCUUCAUGCUGCAAAAUGUCCGACUUGAUGCAGGAGGGAAUUACCAUUGUGGAGGACCUCUACAAAAGCAGAGAGCCUGUACUAGAAAUGAAGGCUAUCUACUUCAUGACCCCGACAGCAAAGUGUGUGGAUGCCUUCAUUGGUGACUUCAAGUUGAAACCCAAGUACAAAGCAGCAUACGUUUAUUUCACUGACUAUUGUUCGGAUGAGUUGUUCAACAAAAUGAAACUGUACUGUGGAAAGUAUAUACGUGUCUGUAAGGAAUUAAACAUUUCCUUCUUGCCCCAGGAGUCACAGGUGUUCACUUGUGAUAACCCUGGGGCCUUCCGCAGUAUCUACAGCCCUCACUGUAGUCAGGAAAAAGAGGAGACAUUGGAGACUCUGGCAGCCCAGAUCGUCACUCUCUGUGCCACGCUGGACGAGAACCCAGGGGUCAGAUACAAGAAGGAGACCGUGUUGGAGAACACCAUUCUGGAUAACGCCAAACGGCUAGCAGCACUGGUGGAUUACAAACUGACUAAGCACUACGAUAUGGAUGACAAUGGCAAGAAAAAGGGAAAGACCCAGGCCCAGCUGUUAAUCGUAGAGAGGGGCUUUGACCCUGUGACCCCCAUCCUACAUGAGCUGACCUAUCAGGCCAUGGCUUACGACCUUGUCCCAAUCAAGAACGACACCUACAAAUACAAGUCUAAAGAUGGUUCUGAGAAGGAGGCCCUGCUGAAUGAGGAUGACCAGCUGUGGGCCAGACUCAGACACAUGCACAUUGCUGAGGUGUCAGAACAAAUACCUAAACUGGUGAAAGAAAUUUCUGCCAACAAAAAACAGCCAGAUGGAAAGAUCACAAUAAGCGGUUUAUCCCAGCUUAUGAAGAAGAUGCCCCACUUCCGCAAGCAGGUUGCUCAGAAAACAGUCCAUCUGAAUUUGACUGAAGACUGUAUGAACCACUUCCAGAAGAACGUGGAGAAACUCUGCAAAGCUGAGCAGGACCUGGCAGUAGGGUCUGAUGUGGAGGGUGUGAAGGUGAAGGACCCCAUGAGGACACUGCUUCCUGUCCUGCUGCACCCCCAUGGUACCUACGACAAGAUCAGAGCUGUUCUCCUCUACAUCUUCAGCCUCAACGGAACAACAGAGGAGAACCUGAACAAACUCAUCCAGCAUGUUAAGAUCGAGGAGGAUCCAGAGUUCAUUCUCAACUGGAGAGAACUGGGAGUCCCAAUCAUAUCGUCGCCGAGCUUCUUCCCAAUGCGCAGGUCUUCUCGAAGGGACCGCACUCAGGAGGAGACAUACAGCCUGUCCCGAUGGACACCUGUCAUCAAAGACGUGAUGGAGGAUGCUGUGGAGAACAAGCUGGAGACCAAGGAAUGGCCACACCAGUCAGAGUGCCCAGCAGCCUGGAAUGGCUCUGGGGCUGUCAGUGCCCGUCAGAAACACAAGGCCAGUUCUCAGGACGAGCGGAGGAGUGGCUCCAGGCUCAUCAUCUUCGUCAUCGGAGGGAUUAGCUACUCAGAGAUGCGCAGUGCCUACCAGGUCACACAGUCCGUCAAGUCCUGUGAGGUCAUCAUAGGAUCGUCCCACAUUGUGACCCCCAUGGAGCUCCUAGACGAUAUUCAGGCCCUGAGUAAACCAACCACCACCAAGGAGACCUUUACAAUAGUGAAGGAGUGACCAACCCCGUACCCCUUCCCCAAACAUAACACCCUCCCCCAAACCUGAGCACAGAACACUCAACUUCAUCAAUGGAAGACUGAAGGGAAUUCAUAUUCUAGAGUUUAGUCAUUAGCUAUGUGUAUUAUUAAUACUUAACUUUGGAACCUGGUGCAUAUUUGUAACAUAACCGUUGUGCCCUACCCUAAAGUGCAUUUAUUACCUUUUUAUCAAAUCUGUGUGUGUGUCUCAAAUGGCACCCUUUAUUCCAUAAAAAGUGCACUACUUUUGAUCAGGGCCCAUAGGGCUGCUGGAGAAUAGGGUGCCAUUUGAGAUGCACGCUGUGUUGUUUUUUCUCGCUUUAAAACACUCAAUGUUCCAUGUUGGAAAGCUUCUGAGAAAUGCUUAGAGAUGUAAUUUGGAUGAAAAGAUAUGGAGCAAAGCUAAUGUACAUAUGAUGUAAGCACUGUCUGUCUGCUGCUAGCUAAAUCCUCUCUCCCCUCCAUUACUGUUUAUUUUGUCAUAGAUUAUUUACAUUUUCUUGUAUUGAACGGCUGAUGAAUAAAUGGCCGACAUGGUUCAA